CGGCACGAAGCGAGCGAAAGGGCCACACAGCUAGAGGGAGGCGCACACACAAACACACUCACUCUCACUUUCGCUUGUUGCGGCUGGCCUUUGGUGCGGUGCGUUCGUGUGUGUGUGUGUGUGGACGUGUGACGGCGCGGAUCGGGCGUAACCUUCAGCGUGUGGUGUGGCAACGGAGCAGCGCUGUGAAAGUACUCAUUUGUUGUGCGUAGCUCCCAGGGAACCCCUGCCCGGCCGUGCUCCGCUCCAUUCUGCCUUGCAUCCUGCAAUACCUGUAGUUCCGUGACGCGCCCGUGACGUGCUCGUGGCGCCUUCACUGCCUGGCUCUACGUGCCCUAGACGUGCACCGCUGCUCGGUACCACUGUUCACCGCGACGCGUCCCUCCACCGCACGACUCUGUGUGCUCCGCCAGGAAUACUUCUGCCUCCACCACGGCACGACAUGGAUGUGCUGUUGUACCCGCGUGUAUGAUGUGUUACUGUGUGAUGACCUAGUGCUAACUGCUAACACUAGUCUCGCUGUGUUGUGUGUCGGUGUGAAGGAUACCCGCCCUGUGGUGCUACCGAGUGUACUGAUACUCCGAUGUGAGUGACCUGUCCCCGUGUGAACCAACCUGUGUGUGCUAACUUGCUGGAUACCUGUGUCCCUGUCACCCCUCCUCAACACGUCAACAGGAAGUGACUGACAACCAUCGUGACACUCACCGCCAGCCUUGAGAUUAACUUAGUGACGCCGUCGAGAGAGCGCGGCCCCGCCAUUCAGAGGAGCGUCCUAACCAUGCCCUUCAUCGACGACGACCUCCUGUGGUGCCCUGACAACGACGGCAAGAUGGUCGACCUCUCCUGCCUGGACCCUGGGGGAGGAAAUGGAGCAGGCAACAGUGCCGCUCCUGGAGGGAACAACAAUGAGCAGAUGACACCGAUGGGCAUGGGCGUCAUCGGGGGCAUGGCCUCCAACCCGUCCUCCGCCCCAGAAUGUGGCGACCUGGCUGAGCUGUCCCAGGCCGAUCUGAAGGGUCUGGUUGGAGAAAUUACUGAAGAGGAUGAGAUUUUCACUAGCAUAUCCGUGUCAAACUUCGAACUUGAUAAUAUAUUUGCUGAGGUUGAUGAUUCCUUCCUGUCGGGUAACCCAGUGAGGAGCCGCGAUGGCCGGUGUGGCCGAGACGACUUCAUCCCCGCCACACCCACCGACUCAGCCAAGACCCCAUCAGACCUGCACAUGAUCCACAUCAAGCAGGAGCUGGAGACCAUGGGCAGUAGUGAUGAGGAGCCCAUGUCCACCAGCACCAUGGACACCGUGUCCAGCACCAGCACCCUCACGCCCCUGCUGCGCUCCCCCCAACAUGGCCUGUCCAACCACAACCACCUCAUGUCCCACCUCAGCAGCAACCCCACCGCCUCGCCCCUCAGCCACCACAUGCAGCACACCAAUGGCGGUCAGACCUUUGAAAGCUUGCUCAAUGACGAGACCAAUGGCACCAACACAUCUCUCCUCCAGAAUGCCUUGCAAAACAAUGCCCAGAACGGCUUGAUAGAUGUCCGUCACAUCAAGAGAGAAAACUCUGUCGCAGCAGCAAAUCCUCUGCUUGCUGAAGUGACACCAGUCCCUCAUUGGACCUUUUGGGAGGACUUUGGUUUGUUAUCCUCCUCGUAUGACCGACCCAUGGCCAGCCCGGCGUCCACUCCGUCGUCCACCCCCUCCCUGCCAUCUCUCAUGGGCCACGUCAAGAUCAAGAAGGAGACGCUGGACCACCCCCAUGACACGUGCAAAGGUGAGUACCCACACCCUGUGCUUCAGAGGCCAAUAGGAAGGAAGGUCUGGUGCUUCCCUUUUGGUCUUGCCUUCAUUUUUCCCAUAUACUGUAACUUGAAUUUUACGCCCAAAAUGUCUGGAAUAUCGAACGCAGUAGUGAGCCACGUGUGGGUCAGCGUGUGAGGAAGUCUUGCAUUCCAUGAAUUCAGCGUCUGCCCUUGACAACAGCUGCCUGAGACGCGUGGCGCGACACAUACCACUUGUAUAUGAGGAAAAAUAUGUAUAUUAUAAAUGAUUAAUACAUAAGUGAAUAAGAAAAUAACUAGAUGAA